CGCGUGCGCGAACAGGAGGAGAACUUGGCGACAGGUCGCUCGCGCGCGCACGGCUAAGACUGUCUUACAACAGCAGCAGCUCGUCAUCCGUGCUAACGGCGACACGAUUUCUAACCGAGGACACGAUUUCGGGUUUUAUAAAAUGGCCGUGCGCGUUUAAACGAUUAAAAAAUAUAUAUAUUCACCUCAGUUUGACUGUUUUUGCAGGAUUCGAGUUAAACGCCGAGCUAUUCUGACGGAUUUUUCCUCCUGAGAAGUCGCUGCUCUGACUGGAGAAGAGGGAAGAUUUUCCUCACGACGACGACGACGGUGUGUGUGUGUUUUGACAGAUAAGUUUAAAUUUCAUUCCGGCGGCUGUGUUUUAAUUAAUAUUUCGAGUGUGAGUGAGAAAGUAAGUCGGCUGCGGAGUGUCUGAGGUGUUUUAGCUCCUGAGGCUACAGCUAACUAACCGACAUGGACUGUCACGACAGAACUGACCCACUGCUCCGAGCUAGCGAGGAAAAUUAGCUAGCCAACUUUUAUUCUGCGAGAUUUUUGCCUGAAGGGAAAUUUCUGACUCGGAUAUUUCCGCUAAGUUCCGAGGACGCGAUGCCCGUGAGCCCCAGAGCGAGCUGGCUAAUAUUCACACAGCACCGGAGUGUUAGCACGCUAGCUAACCGGACCGAUUAACUUACCGAACUUACCGCUGCGUGUUUGAGGCAGUCCGCGUCAACAAGAGCACCGAGCUAAAGCUGUGUGGAAACCAUGCACUGUCCGUCCGCACUGGUGUACCAGGACUCCGGUGUUGGACUGUUUCAUCUUCGCGAAUGAACUCGGAUACUGUGCUGGGAAAGACAGGAGGUAAAUAAUCCCCGGAACCGAGCGGAGUGGGCCUGUGUGAGUGCUGAGCGGAAACCAUGACCGUGUCGGUCCUGACUCUGGGGCUUUACGCCGUGCUUCUCCUCAGUCCUGCCGCAGCUGCCCAGAGUGAGGAGAGGGAGUGUGCGUUUACUGACCAGCACCAGCAGUUUGAUGAACAGAGCGUGGCUGGUGAUUGGCAUGUGUCGCGGGAGAACAACACCAUCCUGUGCACCAAGAGCAGCCGCUGCUACGGUCUCUGGGAAAAAACCCAUGACGGUGACAUUCGCCUGGUCAAACAAGGCUGCUGGACGUACAUUGGUGACCAGCAGGAUUGCCAUGACGACCGUUGCGUGGUGACCAACACGCCGUCACAGAUCCAGAAUGGCACGUACCGUUUCUGCUGCUGCGGCACAAACAUGUGCAACGUGAACUUCACUGAAAACUGGGUGUCCAGUUCCACCAGUGCCACCAUAUUGGAUCCACGGCCUCUGAACCGUGAGGAUGCCAUUUUCAUCACCCUGGCAUCUGUGUCGAUCGUAGCCGUGCUCAUCGUGGCGGUCUUCUUUGGCUACCGCAUGCUGAAAGGAGACCGUAAACAGGGUCUGCACAAUAUGGACAUGAUGGAGGCAGCAGCAUCUGAGCCAUCAGUUGAUUUAGACAAUCUGAAGCUGUUGGAGCUGAUCGGCCGCGGCCGCUACGGCUCGGUUUACAAAGGCGCUCUGGACGAGCGUCCAGUUGCAGUAAAGGUCUUCAGCUACACGAACCGUCAAAACUUUGUCAACGAGCGAGCCAUUUACAGAAUCCCUCUGUUAGAGCACGACAACAUAGCACGCUUCAUCGUAGGAGACGAGCGUCUGACAACGGACAGCCGUAUGGAGUACCUCCUCGUGAUGGAAUAUUACCCACAUGGUUCUUUGUGUCGGUACCUGAGUCUGCAUGCCCUAGACUGGGUGAGCUGCUGCCGUCUCGCCCAUUCGGUCACCAGAGGACUGGCCUACCUACACACCGAGCUGCUAAGAGGAGAUUCAUAUAAACCUGCAGUCUCACACCGGGACCUGAACAGCAGAAACGUUCUGGUCAAGAAUGACGGCACGUGUGUGAUCAGCGAUUUCGGAUUGUCCAUGAAACUGACAGGAAACCGUCUUGUCCGACCCGGAGAGGAGGAGAACGCUGCUAUCAGUGAGGUGGGUACGAUUCGCUACAUGGCCCCGGAGGUGCUGGAAGGAGCAGUGAACCUGAGGGACUGCGAGUCUGCUCUAAAGCAGGUGGAUAUGUAUGCCAUUGGUUUGAUAUACUGGGAGACCUUCAUGCGCUGUACAGAUCUUUUCCCAGGGGAGACUGUACCAGAGUACCAGAUGGCUUUUCAGGCAGAGGUAGGAAACCACCCAUCCUUCGAGGACAUGCAGGUUCUGGUUUCCCGAGAGAAACAGAGGCCAAAAUUCCCUGAAGCUUGGAAAGAAAACAGUCUGGCGGUUCGUUCACUAAAGGAAACGAUGGAGGACUGUUGGGAUCAGGAUGCAGAGGCUCGUUUAACAGCUCAGUGUGCAGAGGAGCGCAUGGCAGAGCUGCUCCUUAUCUGGGACAGAAACAAGUCCGUUAGUCCCACUGUUAACCCAAUGAGCACAGCCCUUCAGAAUGAGAGGAACCUCACCCACAGUCGCAGGGUUCCAAAGAUGGGCCCUUACCCAGACUACUCCUCCUCCUCAUACAUAGAGGACCACGAUGGCAUGGUGAAGAACCUCCCUGGAGACAUGUCCACUUCAGGCACCUCCUCGGUGAGUGGCAUUGGUUUGAGUGGCCCUGGCACAGGGGGCACAGGAGAAAAGAACAGGAACUCCAUAAACUACGAGAGACAGCAGGCACAAGCACAGGCGCGUCUCCCAAGCCCUGAGACCAGCGGAGCCAGUCUAUCCACAAGCACCACCACCACAACUACAGGCCACACCCCCAGCACAGUCAUGUCCACCAUCUCUGAAUCGGCCCCGUGUGAGGAGGCCGGAGCAGGCCCAAGUGUGCCUGUGUGCCUGCAGCUCACCCAGGAAGACCUAGAGACUACCAAGCUGGACCCCAAGGAGGUGGACAAGAACCUGAAGGAGAGCUCUGAUGAGAACUUGAUGGAGCAUUCUCAGAAGCAGUUCAGCGCUCCUGACCCGCUCAGCACAGGCAGCUCCAGUCUGCUCUACCCUUUUAUAAAGUUAGCAGCCGAAGUGAGCGCAGGGGCCGGAGGCGGGCAUCAGGCUGAAUUCGGUGCAGGUAGCAGUGCCACACUCGAUGCCCCACCCACCAUGUUUCCCCUUCCAAAACAACAGAAUCUCCCCAAAAGGCCCACCAGCCUGGCUCUUGGCUCCAAAAAUCCAAGCAAGGAGUCCUCAUCCUCCCGGCUCAAGUUUGGCAGACACAAGUCCAACCUGAAGCAGGUGGAGACCGGUGUGGCUAAGAUGAAUGUGGUGGCGGCAGCAGAGCCUCAUCCAGUCACACUCACCAAUAACGGGCCAGGAGUGAGAAGUGGAGCUGGGGUGCUCCUGCUGAAUGGCUAUGCAGGCGGUGCCAGUAAUGCCAGCAGCUCCUAUGGGAACACAAACCCAGCUGGGCCGCAGGGUGACGGAGGUGGCCUGCCUUUGCUCCAGAGCCAGCUAAGCGGAGAGGACGUCCGGCUGAACAUCAACAUCAACUCCAGUCCCGACGAGCACGAGCCCCUGCUGCGCCGAGAUCACACAGGUCGCACCAACUCCAACAACAACAACAGCAACAUCCACACUGCAGUUUCUGCUGUGCCAAGUACAACAAGUACAAUACCUGCAGGGCCUGCUCCAUCAGAGCUGCAGUUACUGCAAGUGAAGGAGGAAGUCCCUCUGAGACAGGACAAGCCCAGGAGACCAGAGAGACCCAACUCCCUGGACCUGUCGACCACUGCACAGGACUCUUCUGUGUUAGGCGAAAGCUCCUCUCAAGAGGGAAAAGCUGCAUCGGCUGAGAAGAUAAAGAGACGUGUGAAGACGCCUUACUCGUUGAAACGGUGGCGCCCCUCCACGUGGGUCAUCUCUACAGAUACGUUGGAUGGAGAGGUCAACAACAACGGGGAAGGUGGAGGGCAGGGUGCAGCAGGUGCAACUCGCUCGAAAUCCAGCACUGCCGUGUUCCUAGUCGGAGGGGGAACGGCCACGGCAACCCUAUCCUCUGACCCGCCUGGCAUGACCUGCCUAUAAACUUUCACCCUGCUGAGAAACGUCUACAAGCGGCUUAUUGAUACCGGAGGGUGUGGCAGCAUGUUAUAGGAGGAAGAGAAAACAGUUUUCUAAGAUACAAUUUGCAAGCACUUAACAUCGUGGUAUUUCUUGAAAUUCUCUGACCUUUUAAUUUUUUUUUUUUUAAGUAAUUGCUUUAAACCCAGCUAUGCAGCAUCAUUGGCUUAAAAUGCUUCCAUUAUUUUUGUCGUCCCAUUGUAAAUCAGAGUAUGAUUUGUGUGUCUAGUUGUUUAAUUACUUUGUUGUAUUUGUUGCACUUUUUUUAUAAUCAUGAUCUUAAUCACAUAGCUAUGUCUGAUUUCUUGGACCAUGUUUAAAUCUUGUCUUAAAAAAAAAAAAAAAAGGAGAGAGAGAGAGAGAGAGAGAGAGAAAAUGACAAUUUGAUCUAACAAUCAUGCUAGACUGCGCGUAUGGACAUAAAUGAAAUCCAGUCCAUAUAAAAGUUGAUAGAAAAUGCAGUGGUCUCUAAGAUCUUCGACUGCAGUAGACUCUUAUGUUUUAUGCAUAGUACAUUCAAGCAUUUGUCGUAUGUAAUGUAUUACAUGUAUCCCCCAUUAUUAUUAUUGUUUUUUUUGUUUGUUUGUUUGUAUUACAUUCUGAAAUGUGCAAUAGGCUUUAGCUUUGAGGUGCUCUUCAAUACUUUUCAUUUUGUUCGAUAUUUUGCAGCAUUUUCCAAUUUUAACAUUAUAUUGUAAACUAAAGAGUGCACUUACCCGCAAUCUUCUGUCCUUUUUAACAACCGCUGUCUGCAGAAACUCAUGGAUGACAAUCCCUUCUCAACAAUCCUAAGGGGGAAAGGUAAAUCACUUUUUGGGUGUGUGGGUGUGUGUGUGUUUGCGCGCAUGUAUGUUUUUCUCCUCUGUUGGAGAUGCACAACAACAGGACAGUUGAAAAUCUGCAAGCUUGAAGGAUGGAGGAUUUUCAAUUCUGUUACAAUCUGAAUCCAGCUCUAUCUCAGUCUGAUGUUUUGGAAUAAUGUUCUCCCUUACGAGCAGGCACUGAAGUGCAUACUUCACUUUGUUUGUUUGUUUGUUUUGAAAGACACGGACUAGGUUUCUGCAGGUAUGGAUCUACACGAGUGUGUCUGUGUGAUCAGUCUGACGCGUUACUCUCCGCCUAAGGAUCCGUGUCCGAGUGCUAGAUCAGACUUCAUAUGAGAAAAUGGACAAGUGGCUUAGGUCAGGUCUUGGUUUCUGCAUUCAUUCCAGUCACAAACAGCACCAUGUGGACACUACAUAAGUAAUUUAUAUCUAAUGUUACAUUACACAGACCUGGAACUAAAUAAUGUACGUUAUUGUGCGCAUUACAGCGACUUUAGUUCUUUUCAAACCUCUGUUUAUGAAAGCCGGACUGAAACGACACAUACGGUCGAUUGGGGUCGUGGUUACGUCUCCGAUGUCGGAGUAAAUCUUGAAUUGGUGGCUAGCUUUCAUUUCAUUAUGUGUACAAUCAUACUGUCUGUCACAGUACCAGUCAAGUUUGGAUACACCUACUACUCAUUCAAAGCGUUCUCUGUAUUUUGUAUUUUUUUCGACUGAAGACAUCAAAACUAUCAAACAACGCAUGGAAUUACGUAGUAAGCAAAAACGUAUUCGACAAAACAUGCUUCGUAUUUUCUAGCCAGCGUUUAUCUUCACGACGCUUUACACACUAUUGGCAUUAUCUUAACCGGUAGUCACCUGGAAUGCUUUUCAAUUAACAGGUGCCUCAUCAAAAGUUAAUUCGUGCAAUUUCUUGCCUUUUUAAUGUAGUUGCGAUCAUCUCAUCUCAUUAUCUCUAGCCGCUUUAUCCUUCUACAGGGUCGCAGGCAAGCUGGAGCCUAUCCCAGCUGACUACGGGCGAAAGGCGGGGUACACCCUGGACAAGUCGCCAGGUCAUCACAGGGCUGACAGACACAGACAACCAUUCACACCUACGGUCAAUUUAGAGUCACCAGUUAACCUAACCUGCAUGUCUUUGGACUGUGGGGGAAACCGGAGCACCCGGAGGAAACCCACGCAGACACGGGGAGAACAUGCAAACUCCACACAGAAAGGCCCUCGCCGGCCCCGGGGCUCGAACCCAGGACCUUCUUGCUGUGAGGCGACAGCGCUAACCACUACACCACCGUGCCGCCCUAGUUGCGAUCAAACAGUAAAUAAUAAACAAUACAGUAAAUAGCCCGAUUCCGCAACUAUAGUAAUCCAGCAGUCAAGAGCGGCGUAACGAAGAAAAAAGAAACGACAUCCAUCAUUACUUUAAGACAUGGUGUCUUAAUAAAAUUAAUUAAAUAAAUUAGGAGACGUGUCCAAACUUUUAACUGGUACUGUAUAUGCACGUGAUGCAUAUACACCACUGUUACUACAGAGUUUAAUUUUUAUGUGGGUUUUAUUUCCCUUUUUUAACAGUGCCAAGGGCCAAACCUCAAGGCUGUAUGUCCAGAUACUUUUUAAAAUGUUCUAUUAUAUUAUUCUAAUGAAUAUAUAUAUAUAAAAUUGCGUCCCUUUUGAACUUGUUGGUGGUUUAAGGGUUACACCGUCCCCCAUCCCUGUGCUUCAGUGUCAUUCAUGUGUAUGAGCAGUUUGAACAAAUGUUGCUGGAUAAUCCUGGCAAACUAAACUGUCAUGUUACAGUGCCAGCACACUACACUUACCUUUAAUUAAUCAUUACUGUAUGUUCAACAUUGCGUCACAAGUUAUUAAAAUUGUUUUCAGUGUAUUUUCCCCUUGGCCUACAAUUACUGAUGCAUUUUGCAGGCUCAGACAUGAACCAUUCAGAUAAUUACAUAGUGAUGCUCCAUGAUGGGAAAACCUCUCGUACGGCAAAGCAAAACUCAACUCGCCCUUAUAGAGACUGACUGACUGACUUAAAAUACACAACUAGCAAAACAUAUGCUGUGUGAAAUUUCAGUUCUGCUUUUAAGUGAAAAUAUGUGCCACUUAUCGCAUGCCAGAUUGUUAAAGAUUAUACGUCUUCUGGACUGGACUGGACUGGACUAUGUGACAAAAACAUUCGCUGACAAAUUUUAUCAUUCAAGAAAAGUAUCUGUCUCACUUCGUCUGUCCAAGUUGUUGAAUCUGAAAUCUUAGUUUUGUAUGUAUGUAAUAUAGGUUCACCGAUGUGGUGUAAAUAUAUCUGUAUAGCGUGCUUUUGUUUGCACAUAUACAGAAGGCUCGGCUGUUGCUGUGGGACCAAGAACAAUGCUAUAACACUGUGAUAUUUAUCUCGAGAUAAAAUAGCACAGUUACGUCAGACAGAUAUUACUUACUAACUUUAUGUACAUGCUGUUUUCUUCUCAAGCCAAACAAAAGUGAUUGAUUACCCCAGUAAAAAGGCAAAUAAGUGAUUUUUUUUUUUUUUUUUUUUUUUUUUAAUUCCUAGGCCCUUGGUUCUCAAUUACUGACCUUAAAAUAUAUUUAGCCCUCAGGAUUAUUGGUGUCAAACCUCUGGUCUUCUUAUUGAAUUACAGUACGUCACUGCUUUUUACAGCAUAUUGCUAAAUGAUUAACAUUUACAGGUGCCCAUGUACAAUGCUGAUUAGACUAAAAUGCUGUGUGUUUUGUAUGCAUUAAAUUUGGUGCUUUUUUUUUUUUUUUUAAAUAAAAUCAGUUAGCCCAGGACGCCUUAGUACAUGAUCUUGAUGUUUAGAUUUCAUUAAUUGCCGGUCACGCCUUGCAUUGUGCUCUAGAGCAGGAAAAACAAACCCGGUUCAUGUUUCUCUGUUCUUACAGAAUUCUGUUCCAACCUUAAUCCAGCUGAGCUGAUCCAGCUAAUCAGGUAAACUGAUUAUCUGGUGCACUUGUCCUGGAUUAGGGCUAUAACUGAAUUCUGUAAGAAGGCGUGAUGUUUAGAAAGAGGGUUAAUGACCACUUCUCUAGAAGGAACAUGGCAGCUUUGGUAACGAGGUUGUCACAUUGGAAAACUAUUCAUGUCUUUAAAAAAUAAAAAUGUAAAUACAGGCAGUGUUUAGUUUAAAACAAACCAGGUCGCCAUCUGAACUGUUCCCACUUGCGUCACAUGGAUAUUAAGCAGAAUAGAAAUCUAAUCAAGCAUUUUUAUAUCGAUUUUUUUUUUCCUUCUUUCCAUCCCCAAAAAUAAAAAGGAAGCAUGCUGUUUCAUUAAUCCGAAAAUCUAAAUUCAGGCAUGCAGAUGCAAAAGAUUUGCAGUGUGUCAUCUUCAAGAACCUAGAAUAACAGAUUUUCUUUGUGUGUCUGUAUAAGAGAGAAUGGAAAGUAUUUCUUCAUGAUGGGCUGCUGUUUUUUUUUUUUUUGUUUGUUUUGUUUUGUAUUUUCCUUUUUCAGUCAUCGAAUUCAUACCCAUGCUAAUGGCUCCACUGAGAUCUGUGGCUGAGAUUAUUGCAAAAAAAUAAUAAUUAAUAAUAAUAAAAAAAGCCACUGAAAUGUUUUCUAUUGCAGCUUGUAAAGUAAGCGCUUUGACAGAAGAACAAGUAACUACUCGGUUUAGUCUACUCAAAAAGAUAUGUUUAAAUGCCAUUUAGAAAUAAAGCUUGCUGUACAACCUUGCAUUACUCAGUUGAUUAAAGACUAUAUUAAAGAA